AUGGGCGAUCGCAGUCGCCCAUUCGACACCCCCCAUGGGUCUAUUAUGAAGUCCAUGCAGCGCGGUCUCUCAUCGCCAGUCGACGUUCACCCAUCGCCGCCUCGGUCGGCCCCUGCGAGCGCUGCUUCGCGAUCAGCAACCCCAUCCCCGUCCGACGGCCAUGUCGAAGUUGCGCACUCCCGCCCGAGGCGUUUCGGGUCGCGAAGCCCGUCCCGGGUGAGAAGGGACACCAUGACGCCCCCGGGCCGCAGGAUCGACGACCUCGCGAGGCGCUCGUCGAUGCAUCGCCCAUCCUCUUCGCUUCAGCUGCGCAACAAGCCCAUCAUCAUUGACCAGCCAAGCACCCGGACCUCUACCCCUGUGCCCGCUCACCAUGACUCUCCCGACGGUUUGGACAUGCCCGGAGCUUCUCUGCCCUCGCCGGAUGCCGGUAGCACCAAGAGGAAUUUUUUGCGGCCACUGCUUGCCGACGUGUCACUGUACACAAACCCUUCCCUCGGCCUGGACCCUGAGGAGAGCACAACCUUGGAGGAGCUCGCACACCUUGUGCGCCUCUCUAAGUUCCAAGAGCGCAAGCGCGCAAACACUCGAAUUCGCCUGCAGAGGAGCUUAGUAGCGACGGCUCUUUCUGCACGCUUGGUGAGAUGCGGCGACAUGGCUCAUCUCAGCUUGGUUGACAGCUUCCGCGGCGACGACAAGAAGACCUUCGCCGCUCUGUACAACGCUGUCAUUGACGUUCGGCGGAGCUGUGACGAGACCCGCAGAUAUGCCCUUUUGGAGCCGGAUAUGGAGUUGUUGCAGCCGCCGGCCUUGGUUUCCUCGGAGAGUUUGGAGACCCCGGCCGGCUCGGUCAACGGCGCUAGUCCCUCCCUGAGCGCCGGGACUCCGUUUCUGAAUGAAAUCCCCCCUUCUGCCCGGGAGACCUUCCUCAAGUUUCUUUCCCAGAUCCGGACCAACCCUGAUUAUCUGGCCUCUCGGCUUGUGUCGCUGAACAGCGCCGAACUGGCGGCGCUUACUAACUUUCACCAGGUGCUCGAGCCCGUCGAGUCUGUUCUUCCCUACCACAGUGGCCGAAUUGCCGGUCGCUCGGUCUCCAGCUCUGCCUCCCAUGCCCAUGCCGGUUCCUCUUACGGCGGAGCCGGGGGCCCAGGGCGCAAGGAGCGGACCGCGCUCGAACGAUUGUUGUCCUUCCAGCGCCAUGACGCCCUCUCGGCUCUCAUCUACACCUGCUUUGCUAACUCUGCAGGCCCCGACAGCGCCGAAGACAAGCGCAGAACAGCGACCUGGGCCAAUGCCUGUGCCCGCUUGAUUUCGGCGGCCACGACAGGUGGUGAGCAAACGGUUAUCACAGUCCUGAAUGUUUGGGUAUCCAUGCGGGAGUGGGCCGGCAGGUCCAACAUGGAAUGGUAUCUCAUGAAGAUCCUGGAGGACGGAGCCUUCCUCCUUGACCGUGCUGAGGACCAGUACGGGACCCGGUUCAACGUCUCGGAUUGGACGCCCAAGGAUCAAAUCGCUGCUGAGGAGUUUUACACCCGUGCCGUGGACGAGCUUUUUGAGAUCAUCGAUGACGAGGAUGCCACCGGUAUUCCAGAAGGCCUUCUGGAGCUUGGCAACGAGAUCCUGAAGUAUUUGGACAAGAAGCUUGUUGACGUGACACGUCGCUGGCUUGUCGCCAAGUAUCUUUUCACCGUCUGGCUGCUCGGGGUUGUCAUCCAUCCGGAAGCCUACGGCAUGAUGGCCGAGUAUCACAUCACGGAGUACGGUCGGCAGAAGAUUCUCAAAGCCGUGGCUAUGCAGGCGCAAAAGUACGUCGUGGACAAGCUGCAGAGCCCGGGUCCUGUGUCGGUUCCGCCAAAAAUCAAAGACCACAUCGAAAACAUCUGCAGCCGUUUCAAAGAUGGUGGUAAAUCCGCCAAGAAGCCUCGACUUUUGCCGGCGAGGUCCAUCACAUCUCUGAAGGAGACAGCAGAAGUUCAUCCUUAUCUUGUGAUCAGCCCAGCUGACCUGGUAACUAUGGUCAACGCACUAUUUCCCGAACGGAGGCCGCAGUCGUCGCAUUCCAGCGGCUUCCGGUCUGCGGCUCCCUCCGUUUCUGGCUUUUCUGCGAUUUCCCAACCUAUGUCAGUCAGAACGGUGCCCAGCAGCUUUGACAACAUGUCCGUUCUCAGCACAAGCGCUGAGUCGUACGGCAGUGACGCGAGCACGUCGAAGGAGCAAACGCUUGUAGACGAGGGUAGCCCUCGCCGUUCCUCUCCUCCUCCCAUCCCUGAGAAUAGACCGAGUAACUAUGAAGAGGACGGCUUUCAGCUGCGUAUUGCAGUCCAGGAGAUGGCGCAAGCCCUGGGCCAGGAUGUCGUGAACGGCUCCUGCCACCCGUGCGCCGAGCGUUGGGCUGUCUUGUUCAUCUCGGCCGACGGGAAUCAGCUCUCCACCAACAUGACGUAUGAUCCAGAUGAUUUAGAGGAUGAGGAAACCUCGUCAAACGCCAGCGACACGGAGGACGAAGAGUCGGGACCCGAGAGGCCUGAGCUCGAUAGGGACUAUCACCAGUUGCGUGACUCCAUCCUCAAGCUGGUCCAGGAAUAUGAGAUUCCUCAGAGCGUGGAUAGCGAUGGAUCUAAGCAGACAUUUAGCAACCGAGCCUCGAGUCUGAAGAAAUACCGUUCAAAAAACCGGAUCAUCACUAUGGGCAGCCGGAACCCUUACCGACAGCGCGCUACCAGCUUUGGCAGCGCUGCAGGUAGCCCUCCACGCAGCGACAAGGGCAAAGGCUUGGACGACGACAUUGACUCGCGGCCCCAGCUCAUCACCAUGCUGGAAGCUGCGGUCAGGCAGUCCCGGGCUCAGUCCGAUUUCGUUUCGGCGCACCUAUACUGGCGGACACUUCAACAGCUAAACGCCAUCACUUCCGAAUCACUGCGUCGUGAUGGAUUUGCUGCGCUGUUGAACAUCUUUUCACGCGGUCCGCGUGAUUCCAUUCGUCGGUCUGCCGUUGCAAUCGAGGAGUAUGAUGCCUGGUUGGUAUGGUUGAAACAGAGUCAGGAGCGCGUUGACGGCCUCAUUGACAACAUGAUGCGCCGCCUGAGGGCGUUGAGAGACAAGAUGUGGUAUGUGACUGAUGUCCGGAACUCGGCCCCCUACGAAGACUCCCGCAACGUCGCUGCUGCGCUCAAAACCAUGGGUACCCCUCGGCGCUGGGCUUCAUUUCAACGCAUCAAGAGCCACAUGCAGAGAGGGCCGGCUUCGAAUUACAUCUACAAGACAGAGUCUCAGGUCCUGGAACUUCUGCACGCUGAAGAGGAGCAGGGCGGGCCGAAUAAGCUGCGCGAUGAGCAGGCAGAGAAGACGGCGCGCUGGUUGGAUCAAUACCAGAUCGUCAACUUCUGCCAGGGAGAGGAACGCAUCCAUCGGUUCUGCCUGGAAGUGGACAGCUGCGUGAACAAGCUUAUCGGCGAGAGCAUCGUCGACGGGCCUGUUCUCUGGUCCAGCGAACUCUAUGCUCGAGACCGUCGCUCUUUUGAGAUGAGCAAAAACACACGCAGCCGCGACCAGGACAACCAAUCGGUUUGGGACGAUUCAAUCAGCAUUGUCAGCGAUCCGUCGGAUCAGAGGUUCGUCUCGGUCAGCCGGCCGGCAUCCCUCAGCAGCCGAGGUUUCCGUCAGAACUGGAGCGACUCGAGCAGUCGCUUCAGCAGCUUUUCGCGUGCCCCUACCGUCGUCUCUGAGCCCCUCGACAGCCAGGAGUAUUUCGGCGCGUCGUCUCCUAUCCACCAAAUUGAUCCUAGCGCGACGUUCUGGUCGCCGUUCCAGCAACACCAUCGAGCUACUUCCCCCAGCGCUGCUUCCAGGGCGCAUUCGCCGACGACCAGCGUCACCAACCUCUCGGGCUCCUUCCACUUUGCCAGCCAUCCGUCGCACUCUCAACAAUCCAUCGGCCGGUCUGGUGCCUCGACAACUUCGUCUACCGAGACGGUACACCAGCAGCGGAUUUCCGACGAGAAAGCUCGCUUCCUUGCUGAGCUAAGGCAAACUCUGACCAGCCUUCUCCUCUCUGACCUUGGCAACCUCGUUUUUGCUCGCGGCUCGGAAACGGACGCGUGGUUUGAGGGCCUAGGCCAGGAGUGCAUCGAUCGCCGAGAGGCGAUCCAACGCCGUGCGCGCAAAGCCAUGGCGAAGGAAAAGCGCAAGUCUGUCAAGUCUGGGCUGAAGCAGAGGUUCCUCGAAAAGAACGGCAGCUUCGGUGACCUUCGGCUCAACGACGCCCACAGCGAGAAGGCGCUUUCGGAUACGCAAAGCCUCGGAGCCCCGGAGGGUGCGGCAGGCAGUCAUCAUGGCAGUGUCCACGGAGGCAGCGUCUACGGCAACGAGAGCACGGCGACUACCGAGACGAUCUCGGCCCGCAAGAAGGAUGAGUCCAGGAAAGAUUCUUUGCCAGACUUCCCAUUUGCCAAGGCGUACCAGCGUUUGCUCAAGAUGUUUUGCGUACAUCCUAACCCUUAUGCGAAGCUCAAUGCCCUUUAUGAGCUACAGCACUUGAUCAUCGCCUCGCUCAACACAGGGUCGCGGAGAGCCCGUCUGGCGUGGGCACGGUCGCGGUCUGAGCUGGGCUCUACCUCCUCUCACACCGAGGAGCAUGGAUCCGGAUCGGGUGCACGCCUUCAAUCUCUGGAGGAGCGCAUCGAUAAUGUCAAGGAGCGGCGCUCGCACACUCUCCUUCAAUCUCCUGCCGUUGGCUCCGGUCAGGCUGGACGACUGCCUGCGGGCGCUGGCAACGCCGAGACUCGCUCCAUCGCCGGUUUCGCGGCGAACACUGAGGUCGUUCCAAACGUCCUUCAAGCCUUGUUCCGCGACCCGAACCUCCGACCCAAGACUCUGUUCCGUGACCUGCAAUGGAUAUCUGCCUUUGUCCCAUCGUCAUACCUUGACACGGAGAAGGGCAAGGCCUUCUGGGAUGCCGGCUUGGCAGCGCUGGUUCUCAAGCAAGAAGUCUGUCGCACCAUGGUCGAAGUCGCGGACGAGAUAGUCAAGAAUUACACGCAGUCUCGCAGCGCCAGCAGCAACCGUCCUGCCAAAAUGUGGACCAUCACCGCCAAAGAAGGCGACCCGACCGCGCAGCGCGAGCUCGCUAUCUUCUACCUGUCCAACCCGGAGCUGGUCCCGCGCACGACGCUACCGCUCAGCAAGCCGCGCGACAUCUUCAAGCGUCAACUCAUGGAGAAGUACGGCGGCGGCAACAGCGGCGGGUCCGGGUCGAGACAUCACCGCAGUAGCGACUAUCACCAUUUUGGCGCGGAUGUAAUGGGGCUGGGCGGUGCUGGCGGCGCUAGUGGUGAGGAUAGCGGCUCGGGAGAUAUCAAGCGCGAUCCGGCGCUGAUGUGUAUUGCGUUCCAUUGGAUGGAAGCGGCGGAGAAGGGAGGGGAUGAGGUGGCGAGGAAUUUUAUGGCGCAGCAGUUAGGGGGUUUGCUGGGCUGA